AGGCGUUCACCCCGGCAAUUUCAAACCCGGAUGGGCUGGGCGAGGCGAGCUCAGUUGUUGUUAUUGAGUUAACGUUACGUGUCGUAAUCCACCACAAUUCCAACGAGCCAUUUUAAUAACUAAUCUGGACAAAGUCGAGAGAAGAAAUUGAAGUCUGAUAGAUAUGGAAGAAGCAGAGAUCGUAUCGAUACUUUCCAGAAAAGAGUUGCAUAAGCAAAAGUUGAUGGAAUACUUGGCAGAAAAAGGAAAGCUGAAACUGCCCAACCCUAAGCCAUACCUCCGUGACGACUGCCAGGUUAAGAAGCAUGUGACGUCUACACUAAAGGUUGUUAAGGGAAAAGAGAACCAGGCUCCGGCUGACAGAUUCAGAUACGAAAGCACAAAAAUUCAAACUCUGGCUGCUCAAUCCACAAAACACCCUGCCAGAGGAGCAUUUGGUGUCAGUAACAAAUUAAAUGUUUUAGGCAGCAUGCUGACUGGACGGCAGAAUACCAAUCGUCCAUCUGCAACCAGUGGCCCAGCACAGCCAAAGCUUGACAAGACAAGAACGUACACCAUUGUGUCCUCCAAAUCCAACCCGAAUGCAGCUAGCCGUCUCACAAAAAAGCCAAACGCAGGAGAACCAUCUUCAGGCAGAGCCCCUUCAAAUGCAGCUCGUACAGCUGUAACUAAAUCGAGCAGCAGAUUCAGCAGUGGCUCAAAUGCAACCUGGUCGUGUUCAAUGAAGACGAUCAGUGUCAGGAUAAGUCUCGGCCCCAUGGUCAAAACAAAAACAGGACUCACUCCUGCAGUGACCCAGCCAAGAAACAGUCAAAGUCAAAACUCAACACACACCUCUGCCACAGCAGCUGAUACCACCACCGCCACCACUAUGUCUGUUGCUAACAAGGUGCGAUCCAGCACCUCGUCAUCUGUUUCCCAGAGGUCUGCCAUGGCUCAGAGGAAAACAUUACCUACCCCUGCUCUAAACUACCAUGAGAGAACAAGAGCUGGGAUUAAAGUUCCAGAUCAGAACAAGUCUAACCCUAAACCACUUUUGGGUAAACAUUCUCAGCCAUCUUGUAAGAGUCAGCUAUCAAGUGAAAUGAAAUCAAUGUCCAUCUCCUCCAAGUGCACAGCUGCACCUAUAAAGCCAGAGGGGAAAGCAGGGAUGUCAAAAACUAAUAAAUCAGCUAGUCAGCCCACAGACAGGUCCACAAAGCAGAGAUCUGAUGGGGCAGGGAUUAAAAAUGGCCCACCAUGCAAAGUUGCCUCCCGAACAUCCUCGAGGCCAGUGAGCAGGUGCAUUUCCAGAGCAAUCACUGGGGUUGUGGGAGCUGCUGUGGCUGAGCUGGGAGGGAAAACCAAGACAUGUGAAGAGACAGGUGGUACGAAGGGACACAGUUCAGCAAAUGCUCCUCCACCACAAAGUGGUAUAAAAAGAACAAGCUCUCCUGUGAUGUCCCAGACAGUGCCACGGCCUGGCAAGACCAUCAGCCAUACCGGUCAUGCCGUAGACACAAAGACAUCAAAGGUCCCAGUCAGAGUUUUCCCCCAGACUGAAGUUAAGAAACUGACUGCCGCCCAAGAGGAAAGAAUGAGAAAACUACAGGAAUGGCGGGAAGCCAAGGGUAUUUCCUACAAGCGUCCUCCAAUGCCAGUGAAACCUCAGGUCAGGCGCACUGUGGCUGUACCCCAGCCUUUCUGGGGCACCAUGAAGGAGGAAGACGACGCCCACUCUCUCACCUGUGCAGUGGACAGAUCCCUGGCUGACUGCAUCAAAUUGGUUGAAGAGGGUUGCGCUCCAGACCAGGUGAAGGAGGUUCUCUCACGACUGCCAGCUGUGUCCCAGAAGUUUGCCAAAUACUGGAUCUGUCAGGCCCGCCUCAUGGAACAAGAGGGCAACCUGGAUGUCCUGCCCAUGUUUGAAGAGGCUGUUGGUGUUGUGUUGGAGCCAGUGGACGAGCUGCGGACUGUGGUGUUUGAGAUUCUGAAGAAGAAGGACGAGAUCCAAGAAAACGAGAAAGAGGACCAAAUUCCAACAGGUGAAGGCACCCCAGAGAGUAUCAACAACCCAAUGAUGACUCCUAAACCUGUCAGAGCUCUCAUUUGUGGAGAGAAAGGAGACUCAUCUGUAGUCAAGUACAAGAUCACAGCAACUCCUGGUGGCCCACCAAGCCAACAGACAGAACCGGUGCGGGUCAACGGCCAGGAGGUUCGCUUCUUUACACCUGUCAGACGCUCCGUGCGAAUCGAGAGAUCCUCACUCCGAUACCCCGUGUCCCUCCAGGACCACGAUCUCUGUGUGGCCUCCUACAAUGACCUGAUCUCUGAGGAGGAUGACCAGGGAACUGAAGAGCGGAAGCACAAGGAAACCAGCCUGUCUGCUCACAACACGCCCAUGUACAUCUACAGACAGAACGAAGCACUUCAAGACAAAGUGUUCGUCCAGCUCGUCUACGAUGAAGGCGUUUAGCUGUCUGUGCCGACAUCAUCCCCACCAGUUUGUAGUUGAGACCAAAUUUAGAUGUGCAGGAUUCACUGUUCACAUGGCAGGGAGAACAAAGUCAAAUGUAUGUGCAUACUUUGUGGUUUAAGAUCUCGCCCUGUUCACUAAAAAAGGUGAGUUUUAUCCUUGUAAAGGUAGAACCUGAUAUAUGAUGAAUUAAGUUUAAUAAGUAUUUCAUAAAGUUUCUGGGUUUAUCAUUUUA